CACAGCAGCAAAAAUGUACCGGUACAACUCCGAAGGAGGAUAUUCGUUGCCCUCUUGAUAUAAUAAGAAUAUGGAGAAGUGAAUGCAACGCUGUGAGAAUGGUGACAAGGUGAUCGCCGGAGAGAUGAGCGGUGCUUGGAAGUUAGUGCAGAGGAGAUGCUACGACCUUUUGUCCCAUCGUUACUCUCUGCUUGUUAUACUUGUUGCCCUCACCUGCGUUUUCGUGGGUAUUGUUCAUUUUGGUGAAGUUUGGAUAGCAUGGAGCAAAGAAAAAUACAAAGCAGUAUUUUAUUCGUUUAACGACAAUAUCCUAGGUAUAUCAUUUCAAAAAGAAUUAUGUCAGCAUGUACCUAUAGAUGUAGUAUAUACAUGGGUCAAUGGAUCAGAUCCCCUGUUUGUUGAAAAUUUGAACAAAUACAUCCCAGUGACCAGCACCAAUAGUGCUGCAUCUAGGUUUAGUGAUAAAGAUGAAUUGAAGUAUUCGCUUAGAUCUCUCGAGAUGUAUGCCCCAUGGAUCAGAAAAGUGUAUAUAGUUACCAAUGGACAAAUACCCAGUUGGCUGGACAUGGAUAAUCCAAGAGUCUCUCUAGUAACCCAUGAAGACAUUUUUACUAAUUUAAGUCAUUUACCAACUUUUUCUAGUCCUGCAAUUGAAAGUCAUAUUCACAGAAUACCUGGGCUUUCUGAAAAAUUUCUUUAUUUUAAUGAUGAUGUGAUGUUGGGAGCUCCUAUUUGGCCUGAAGAUUUUAUAACAUGGGCUAGUGGACAAAAAGUGUAUUUAGCUUGGUGGGUUCCUGACUGCUCUGAUGUAUGUCCAUGGGCUUGGGUGCAAGAUGGAGCUUGCGAUCCUACUUGUAAUAAUACUAUGUGUGAAUUUGAUGGAGGUGACUGUGAUGCUACAUCAAUGGAUAUGAGAGAGAGAGAAAUAAAUGACAAUGAAAAUGACUAUCCUUACAGUUUUUUACAAGAAUCUCAUCCUGAAAUAGAUCAAGCUCAGAGAUUGUUGGAGGCUUUGAAACUCAAAGAAAAUUUAGAUACUCAAAUCAAUGCGUUUAAUGAUUCCAAUAUAAUACCUAUUCGUAAUUUACUAUUCCAAAAUAACUUGUGGAAUGAGAGUCUCAAAAAUCUCAAUGUAGAUAGUAUGAAACAGACGAAUGGCAGGAACAACACAAAUGACUUGUCAAAAUUUGACAGAAAUUUUGAAAAAGCGAAUAGUGCGUUCAAUAAUGUAAUAAAAAAAUUUGUAUCAGUUAAACAAACAAAUAUUUCUGGUAAUAUGGAUAAACGAUCACGACCGAGACUCUUUGUUAAUGACGACAUUAUUAAUUUGGUGCAUGUGAAUGAAACAGCAAAGAAUAGUAAAUUAGAAUACGCUGGGCGUCAAAAAAAGAAAGUUCGCACACUUGACACUUAUGCAGAAUCUCUACUCUACGUUAAUAGAAUCUAUAACAAAGCGUAUGGUUUAGAAAGACGAAAGGUACCCGCACAUAUGCCACAUUUGUUAAAUCGUUUUGUCAUAUCAAAGAUGCAAGAGAAAUUUGCUGAAGAGUUUGAUAAGACGUCUAGUCAUCGAGUGAGAGAUUCUGAGGAUAUGCAGUUCGCCUUUUCAUAUUUUUACUUUCUGCUGAGUGAGCGCCGUGAUGUUUCUCCUAAAGAUAUCUUUGAUACUUUUGAUACCGAUAAAUCACGGACUUGGUCUGAUCGUGAAAUUAGAACACUUUUGUCAAGGAUGUAUCCAUUGCCACUAGAUUACGGUAUUGUUGUUGACUUUGAAAAUGCUAUAUCUAAUUGCUCUCGAUACAUUGAUUAUCAAGACAUAUCAACGCCUUUACCUCCUCCUGGAGAGAGGUAUUUAGAUUCGAAAUUGCCAGUCGUCAGUAGAGAAUUAAUUCUAAAAUGCAGUCCAAUAGUAAAUAGGAUACGCGCAAAAUUCGGUAAAGUUGCCCAGUAUUCACAUAGAGUUUUAGAUGCUGGUAAAGAUGAAACAUUUGAAAUGUUGACAAGCAACGUUUCUACUACUGUUAGAAUUCUUGAUGAAAUACGAAGCGAUCCAAAAAAGUUUAUCUGUCUGAACGACGACAUGAAUCCAUCACGUCGCUCGGAGAACGAAGUAGUUCGUGCUUUACUCAGUGACUUCUAUCGUUCGCUGUAUCCUAUACGCAGUAGUUUCGAGCUACCAUCACAGUAUCGCAAUCGUUUCAUGCAUCGUCACGAUUUAAUCAAGUGGCGUGCUAAUCGUGCCAGAGCUACGAACAUCAUGAUUGGACUUAUUCUACUUCUACUGGCAGUUACACUUUACCACGCGUUCAAACAUAAAAUACGCAGGAUUUGUCCAAUUCGCACGAUGCCCGCACUGCUCGUCUAAUCUAGUCAACGUGAUUUUCUUUCUUUUAUUGUAUAUACCGUGUACAUAGUUCUUUUCUAUUUAUUCGUGUGUCUUACAUGUGAGAUUCAUUAAAGUUCAUUUGUUUCCAAUGUGUACAAUGUUUUGAU